AUGCAGGUGACAUGUUCGCAAGUGGCCGAAGUAUAUAAAGUGUCCAUCACGUGGCAGACGACCUCAGCGGCAUUUAUGAAGCUUCAUUCAGGUGGAACAUAUUUUAUGGUUGCGCGUGGUGCCAAAAUUGACCCCUUGGCUACCAACCACUUCAAGGAGAUCAGAUAUUAUCGCUCUGUGGAUAAUUACGCUUCCGAGUUUACCGAAAAUAAUGAGCGUCUGGUAACAACUGAUCGCUCAGAAGUUGCUGCCUUCUUCAUUUUACACCCUUCGUGCUUGAUUCACAGUAACGAUGAGCCGGUAAAGAGUACAUAUCAUAAUUCUUCCAUGUUCCAGAUCCUCCGCUCAUCAGAAUAG